GGAAAAAAGAAAAGGGGAAAUUGGGAAUUAAACAUGUUAGGGCUUGAAUUCCCUUUCGGAUUUUGACAAAAGCCCUAAAAUACAAUAUGCGUGGUGGUACAAGAACUAGACAGCAGCAGCAGCAGGAAUAUCUCACUAAGGGCUCUACCGUUGAAGUUACUUCCGACGAAGAAGGGUUUAAGGGAGUUUGGUUUGACGGAACAAUCCUUAAUUACGGUUCAAACAAGAAGAAAGUUUUAGUUGAGUACCGGAGUAUACUUGCUGAUGAAAUUGGGUCCAAACCCUUGAGGGAGUUGGUGAAUGUUUCUUUUGUUCGACCGGUGCCUCCGCUUGAAAUUGUUGAGAGUUUUGAGUUACACGACGUUGUUGAUGCGUCUUACAAAGACGGUUGGUGGACUGGUGUUAUUACAAAGGUUCUUGACGAUUUUAGGUACCAGGUGACUUUCAGUAACCCACCGGACGUACUUGAAUUUGGGGUUUCCGAGCUGAGACUUCAUAAACAAUGGGUCAAAGGGAAUUGGGUCUUACCCGGGAAGCAGAGAACAGACUCAUUGAUGUUUAGUGUUGGAAAGAAUGUGGAAGUAUCGUUCGAUAGAGAUGACCGCCGUGAUGCUUGGUUUCCAUCCAAAGUCCUUGAGCAUUUAGAAAAUGGCUCUUUUUUGGUGGAGAGGUAUCGGACAAUCGACAAAAAAGCAUCUAUUGACAAAGUAACAGUUGAUUCCUUCCAUAUCCGUCCUUUACCACCACAUAUCAAAAGGAAGAAAUUCAAUUUGCUGGAAAAAGUGGAUGCAUUUUAUGAUCUUGCCUGGUGGAGUGGUGUUAUCACUAGAGAGCUUGCUGAUAGUAGGUAUAUUGUCUUUUUUAAGCACACAAACAUGGAGAAGGAGUUGAAUGACUCUGAUUUGAGACCUCAUAUGGAUUGGAAAGAUGGGCAAUGGUUUACUACCUCUCGGGACAUUCCAAUUCCUCCAGAUUGUCAAACUAACGGAAGCAAUAACUGCACUGACACUAGUAUUCCAAAAAAGGAUGUUCCACUUGGCAGAUCAAGCAUUAUGAAUGAGAUCUCGGAGGAAAAAACACCACAUUCUAUUAAGUUUAUAGAGGAUCUUAAUGAGCCACAUUCAACUGAUGAGGUUGCACCAGAGGAGACAUUGCAAAAUGCGUGUCCCAAUUGUGAUGCUGCAUCUCCACAGCCCCCAGAGCUGCCCAAAGACAUGUCACUUGAAGCAUGUACUCUUAGUUCAAAGCCUUCUAAAAAACCCCGUACAAAGAGUCCCUUCAGUCAGUCCAGCCCAAAAUCUGAAUAUGCUGAAAUGAAGAUAUCAGCACCUUUAGCUGGAGAUGAGCAACCCCAUAACCGUUCUUGGCAGAACAGAACUAGAAAGAGAUGUCAGGAACUUGGUGUAAAAAAGAGUGGGGCACUUGAGAAGUUGCAAGGCCUAAAAUCUCCUUCAAGAGGUAACAAGGGUAUUGCAAUAGAAAAUGCUGCUGAAGUUACUCAAAAACGCUCUACACGUAAAGAAACUGAUGUUCCUGUCAUCAUAGGGUUGGAGUGUACUAAGGUUAGGAGCUCAAAGGCUAAAAGAUCUCGUCUGAUUAAUAAUGAAUCUUUGGAGUCUAUUGGAGAUCAGAAGCAGAUUGAUGCUGCUAUAGAUGAUGUACAGGAUACCAAACACUUAGGUGAUGGAGCGGGCAGUAGUCAGAAAAGGAGAAGGGGACGACCAGCUAGGAAACUACCUUUAAUAACCCUAGCAGAUAUGGAACCAAGUGGAGAUCAUUCAAAAGAUGAGAGUUCAGGUUAUGUCGAGCUUGCAAUUAUGGAAAAUGAAGUUGGUAAGGAGCAACUUGAGGUUCAAUUGGGGCACAGCAGAAAAAGAGGCAGGACGAAGAAGAUGACUCAAAAAAAAAUGUCAAAUGAGAAAGCAGUUCAGUCUUCGUCCCAGCAGCAUGAAAAGCAUUAUGUGAAGAGGGAAAAACGACAGCAAAAAAGUGUAAAUAUUGAAUCUCAAGCUCAAGGUUCUGCCGACUCUUCUGGAGUGAAACCUGCUGAAUCAAACAGGGCAGCCAAUGGUGAGGAAGUUCUUGCUGAAAUACCCUUCAAUGGAUUUGAUGAUCAACCCCUUGCAAAGUGGUUUGAAGAAAUACAGGCUCCGACUUCUAUUGAUGGAUCAAGAGUUUCACCUGCAUGUAGCCCGAAGCGAUGUGCUGAGAUGAGGGAGAAACAAGACAUGCCCAUGCAAACUCCUGUCAAUGGGACUCCAGCAACCCAAGUUGAAACACAGAGCUUGCCUUUUGUGAAAAAUACACUACUUUGGUCAACUAUUGAAGCCAUGGAUAUAUUCAGGAGGAUUCCUCAGAAGCCACAUUUCACUCCAUUGGAACACUCUAAAGAGAGCUCCCGUGAAGGACAAGCUAUAGGUUAUAUGGUAACUUUUUUAAGCAUAGUAGAGAGGACUUCUAGACUGCACUAUGACGAUCCUAGAAGCACCUUUGAGGAAAUCAUGGAGACUCUCACCGACUUGGAAACCCAUGGAUUUAAUGUGCAAGCUGUACGAGAUCGUCUAACUGAGUUACUGUCGAUGAAAGAUAAGCAGGAAAAGCUUGAAAGUCAGGUUGCAGAUAUUGAUAGCCAGAUCAUCACGCAUAAUAUGGACAGAGAACGUUUUGAUGGAGAGAUUAAAGAGAUCAAUAAACAAAUUGCAGAAUUACAGGAUAAACUGUCCCUGGCUACUUCGAGGAAGGAGGCUAAGGACCGUGAAAUUGAUGGUUUAAGGUCUAAGUUAAUGGGCAUUCAAGCAGGAACAAAGAAGGCACGUACUGAUUUUGUCAGUCUUGCUAGUAAACCUCUGUAAAUGCUGCCAGCCAGUUUGUCACUGUUGAUGGUUUCUGUUGAAGCAUAUGAUGGGUUGCUGCUAUUUAAUCAAAACUAGUAUCGUAGUUGGGUAGGUGUUUUGUCAACCAUUUGGCUAUCAUGCCAAAUGUGUAUAUGUCCUGUCUAGAUAACUUUGUUGGAAUAGUACAUGUUUUCGGAUGGUCUAAUAGUUUAAGCUUUAGACAACUUUUCGUGGA